CACUGCUAGCAGCCAUAAAACCAUGGCUGCCGUAAUGCAAAGAAUUUUAAAAGAUAGUUUUUCGCGUUUCCGGCCCUCAAGCGUGAAUUACAGAACAUAUACGAGACUUGCGGAAGUCGGACGUUUGGAGUCUCCGAAGGAAGGCAAAUAUGAAACCGGCCAACUCUUCCUGCACAAAAUAUUCGGAUAUCGAGGUGUAACUCUGUUCCCUUGGACCGCCAGAGUGUAUGAUAGGGACCUAUCAACGAGUGACAGUUCCGAGGAAACAGAGUCAAACCCGUCGAAUGCAUUUGUGCACCCCAGAGUUGUGAACGGGCAAUCCCAAACAUUUUACCAAGUCUUGAUUGACUCGAGAGAUUGCGCUCACGUGCGAACGCAAACCGAAGCUGUUACGUUCCUUGGUAAUCAGGAGGAUUCAAGGUCAUUAUAUGCCCUCCCGGGCUUGGAUUACGUCUCUCAUGACGACAUUUUACCGUAUACCGCUACGAAAGAACAGGUGAUAAAUCAUGAGUUGUUCGACAAGUUCCUCCAGCCUGAUCCGAAUAAAGAUCCGCCUUUCCGGGCCAGAGAGACUCUGCGACUCUGGCAGGAUAAAAAUCACCCCUGGCUUGAGAUGAACCAAGUCCAUAGAGAAACUACGGAAGAUGUCCGGGUCACUGUAAUACCGUUCUACAUGGGAUGUCGAUCGAAUCACAAUCUAUCGAUAUAUUGGUGGCGAUACUGCAUACGGAUCGAGAACAUGGGAGAGAAAGCUGUUCAGCUGCGCGAAAGACAUUGGCGAAUAUUCUCCCAGUCAGGAAAUCUAGAAACGAUUAAUGGCCGUGGAGUUGUUGGCCAAGAGCCCGUGCUGAGUAAAAGCUUGCCCGCCUUCCAAUAUAGCUCUCACGUUUCGUUGCAAGCGUCCAGUGGUCACAUGUGGGGAACUUUCCGGAUGGAACGGGAGGGUGGCUACAUGUUCGACUGCAAAAUCCCCCCCUUCAGUUUGGAGAGUAAAGCGGAAGUCUAGUUUCGCGAGUCUUAUAUUCAAUUGAGUACCAAUUACUCGGAGCGGAGUUCGGAUGAUCCAUUGUGAGAAACCUCGAGCUCCGACUCCUUCGCACAUCUGUCGUACUGCGGAAGUUGAAUCAGGCGAAGGUUCAAAACGAGAAGCUGAGGGAGAAUUCGGUCUCAAGAGCUCUAUAGUGAAUAGAUGCUCUGUGUCUGGAUCAUGUGGGCUAGCCGAUGUCCGUGUGUAUAUGGAACUUAUAUUUAAAUAAAAUCGACAUGGCAGUUCCCCGGA